AUGCAUCUGACCUCCACCCUCCUCGCUGGCGCCGUCGCCGUCGCCUCGGCCGCCGCCGACAACAACUACCUGGGCUUCAACUCGGGCGCCACGCUCGCCGACCGCUCCGCCAAGUUCAAAAAGGACUUCGAGGCCGAGUUCAAGACGGCCCAGGCCCUCAACGGCGCCCCCGGCAAGUUCAACGCCGUGCGCCUCUACACCAACAUCCAGGCCUACUCCACCGACGACCCCAUUGAGGCCUUUGAUGCCGCCAUCGACACCGAGACGUACAUGCUGCUCGGACUCUGGGCCUCGGGCACCGACAACAUCGACAAGGAGCUGAGUGCCCUCAAGAAGGCCCUCGACAAGUACGGCUCCAAGUUCACCGACCUUGUCAUUGGCGUCUCCAUCGGCUCCGAGGAUCUCUACCGCAACUCCCAGACCGGCACCAAGAACAAGGCUGGCGUCGGCGCCGACCCUGACGUCAUCCUCUCCUUCAUCAAGGACUACAAGAAGGCCUUUGACGGUGGCGCCCUAGCCAAGGUCCCCAUCGGUCACGUUGACACCUGGGACGCCUGGACCAACAGCACCAACAAGGCCGUCAUUGACGCCGUCGACUGGAUCGGCGUCGACGAGUACCCCUACUACGAGAGCGGCAAGGGCAACGACAUCAAGAAUGCCGGCAAGCUCUUCGACAAGGCUUACGACGCCACCCGCGCCGUCGCCAACGGCAAGCCCGUCUGGGUCACCGAGACUGGCUGGCCCGUCACCGGCGAGAAGUGGGACGAGGCUGAGCCUUCGGCCGAGAACGCCAAGUACUACUGGGACGAGAUUGGCUGCCGUCAGCUCUUUGGCAAGACCCCUACCUUCUGGUACAACCUUCGCGACUCCAACCCCGACAACAGCAUGAAGUUUGCCAUUACCAAGGACCUGAGCACCACUCCCCAGUUCAACCUGACCUGCCCCACCACCUUUGACACCGACAGCAGCGAUUCUUCCUCUUCCUCGAGCUCCAGCGCCAGCUCCGGCUCUAGCACUGCCAGCUCCGGCUCUUCUGGCUCGUCGGGCUCGUCCACCUCGGCCUCUGUCCCCACCAGUACUAGCUCAUCCGGCUCCGGUUCCUCCGGUUCUGGCUCGUCCGGCUCUGGCUCUGGCUCCUCUGGCUCUGGCUCGUCUGCUGCCACUUCUGGUUCUGGUUCUGGCUCUUCUGGCGCUGGCGCCAGCGGAUCCGCCAGCGGCUCUGCUCAGCCGACCAGCGUCAACAAGGACUCUGGCGCCGGCAAGAUGGCUGCCUCGAGCUCCGUUGCUGGCAUCCUUGCCCUCGUCGGUGCUUUCUUCCUGCUGUAA